GUGACUAGAGAUCUGCUGGAAGCGACUUAUGGGCCUGUUCGUCCCAUUUGUCCACGAUAUCCUUAUUCUUACUGAGUAGGAAAGAAGAUAUCCUCAAUAUACACUCCUCUCUCUUCUUUAUCAUUCUCUCUCUUCCUGGCCUCAUGAUGUGCAGAGUGUGAGGUCAUGUCCCAGUCUGGAAAAGUCAUUCAUCUGUAUGUGGAGGUGAGGUCAGCCCCAGAGCAGGAUGGGAAGGGGGGCUUGGGAGGAGGAGUGGAGGGGCUUGGGACUGGGAGUGACUCAGCGUCAGCACAGGAUCAGCCAGCGGGGCUUUUGUCCCAGCUAGCCUGCCAGACAAAAUGCCAAACUCCUAGCAAAGCUCCAAUACACCGCCUGGCCCAUAACUUCACCCACACCCAGUCUCCCUCCAGACACAAAGUGAGCUUCCAGCUCCACCAAGGUAAUGGCACCCAAUCGCCUAGCAUCUCCCAGCAACAGAGUUUACCAGCAGCACUGACCCACUCCCCAGCCUUUUCUGGGAUUGGGAAGACCACCACCCCACACAAAGAUCACCACCCCUCCAAAGGGCAGGGGGUGGGGGGCAAUGGCAAACGGUCGGUGGUCACCUUCAGCUACAUUGAGAAGGCUAACGUCAAGACAGUGGAGAGCCCACAGAACUCAGCCUGUCAGAGGAGGUGUGGGGAGGAGCUGUCGUCCCCACCUUCCCACCCCCGGAAUAAACUCAGCGACCCCAUCUGGUUGGGUAGUCCUGGCUCCUCAUGCAGCUCCAGUCCCAAACUAGCGUUUCGUCCCCCAGGGGGUCACCAGCAGCAGCCGACAGCCUCCCCCAGCCUCCGCCACCCUGUCUUGGAUCCUGUCGGUAUUGCGGCCACCCAGCGUGCCCUGGAGGAGUUUGGGUUUGGUUCCCCCCUGUUCAGGAGUAAGAUCAUCCAUGGGCUUGAGCAGAGUCCCAGGGGCUCCCGCCACAACCAGCAGGCCCGCUGCCUGUCCUGGGCCGGCGGUUCUCCUGUCCAGCACCACAGCGCCUGCAAUAAUCUCCACAAUAAUCACGCUGUGGAUGCAGAUAGAAACCGGGCUAUUUGCGGGCCAUUACCCAGGAGCUCAGCCUCUGUCCAGCUUUCGUCCCAUGCUAGGCAGGCCACUCUGGGCAUGUCUCCUUACUCAAGACCCAGGUCGUGCAUGGGGCUCCAGGCCCAGAGCCCACACCACUGGGCAGGUCAGGACAAAGCUUUAGCAGGUAGUCCAGCCACACAGAGACAAGUGCACAAGCCCUGUAACAGUAGUUCCUCCUCUCAAGGGACCAUCCUCCAACUUAAAAAUAAACUAGGGAAGGGAACUGUACUGAAUCAGCUAAGUUGUAGCAAACCCUCCUCCCCAGCCAACAGCCCUGAAGUGGCCCGGAGGCUAGCCGAGGAGGCUACUAAAGUAUCCUCUAUUUUAGCAGAGGUAAAGAGGAACUCAUUGACAUUGCACAAUGCUUUAGACGAAGUAGAGAGACCCAACUCUGGAUGUAUGUCUGGAGAAGCUGACAGUUCUGUCUCAAAAGUACAACAGCAACAUUUGCAGCAUCAGACAGUUAAGAUGAAUAUCCCUUUACACGGCCAACACACACCAGCGUCAAACGACAUUGACUCUCACCGGGCUGGAAACUUUUUAGCAUCGUCACGCACACAGGACUCAAACUCUCCAACAACAACCAAUCACGGGACACAGCAUGGAAGAGGGCAGGCUCAGAGCUCCAUUCUAUCAGACACAGUAGUGGGUGUAGGAGGGUCCCCUGCCCUGCCUUCACGCUUCAUCCGUCCAUCUCUUCCCCCAGCCGAGACCAGCUCCCCUCUGAAAGACCCCAGGCUGCUGAGAGCCCAGCUCAGAGUCACAGAAAGCCCCACACUGCAUCGCUGCCAGCCCCCUCAGUACACUAGAGAUUUCUGGUCCUUCGAGCCGGACGAGAGAGCCGACUUCUCCUGCUUUGAUACAGGGGAUAGUGCCGAGCUGGCCCGUAGGCUCUAUAUACGCCAAAGUGUGGUGGAAGCCCCUGUCAGCUGGACCUCCAGGCAGCCCUGGAGCCACCUGGUAGAGGAGGAGAGCAGAAACUCCAGUUCCAGCCCCAUACACGGACCUGGACCUGGGGAGCAGCCCCUAAGCGUGGCCCAGCAGAAAAGAGCCGAGCAUAGGAGGAGGGAGGUUCUGCUGCUGGGCCCUGUGGUGCUGGACUCGCCAGAGGAGGAUGAGGGCCUGAAUGGGGAUGGGGAAGAGGUUCACGGACCAGGGCAACAGCGAGGCCUGCUGAGGGUUGAGGAGCCUCCAGAGGGGGAGCAAAUCAGGGUAGCAGGAUCCUCAUCACGCAGCUCCAGCGGGGUGACCGGUAGCCUGGGGGAAAGGGACUGUGUGUCCCCAGAGUCCAGUCAGUCCAGUCACCAGAGCAACGAGACAGGGGCUGCCACCUCAGGGAUACAGACGGACAGUGGUUCUGCAGUCCCAGGCCCCUCCCUCCACUCUCAGAGGAUAGCUCGUGCCAAGUGGGAGUUCCUAUUUGGGACCCCCGCUGAGGAGGAUGCCAGCAGGGGGGAGAAAAAUACCAUCGAGGCCUCGACAGCUCCUCCUAGUGGCCAGUCCAGUGAAUCCCCCACUCCCACGCCCCCCACCUCCCUCCCCCUCAUCUCGGCUAAUCAUGAGGUGCAGCAUGUGGAGGUGGAGCUGGUGACUCCUCACCCAGCUGUGGCGGGGGCGUCGCCCAAGAUGGGCAUCAUCCGGAUGACCCUCAAAUACUCGGAGACGGACCUGGAUGCCGUGCCCCUGCGCUGUUACCGCGAGACCGACAUCGAUGAGGUGCUUUUGGCUGAGCAGGAAGACGCCGACUCAGCAUUUGGCAGUAACCGUAGCGUGAAAAGCACGUCGGGUACAGACAGCAGCCCCCUGGGUGUCUGUCCCUAUGAGAGCACAAGCGCGGAGGAGGAGGUGGAAGGAGAGGAGGAGGAAGAGGAGCUGGAGGAGGAGGAGGUGGUGAGCUGGGCCUCAGUGAGGAUGCAAGGGGACAUUAAGAGACAGCAGCAGCAGCAGGUGAUUAGUCAGCUGCUGAAGAGGCCGUUGGACAGUUUCUUUGACAACCUCCCGGCCCUCAAGUCGCCCGUCCUGUUGUCGGGGCCUCGCCUCGCAGGCACCUCCGAGGACAGCUUUAGCCGCCAUUUUGAGAGCAUCAUGGAGUCACACCGCGCCAAGGGCACGUCCUACGGCAGCCUGGACCUGGACAGUGAGGAGCUGCUGACCUCCAGCACACAGACCGUCCUGACCUUUGACCUCCCCACGCUGACCCCAGAGAUCCAGGGGGGUCAGAUGAUCUGUCAAAGCGCCCGGCAGAUUGUCAAGCUGAGCUUCGCCCCAUUGGCCCACUGCGAGAGGGGGACAAGCCUAUCAGAUUCCAUCGUCACGGUGACGGGAGACUCGGAUGCCACGCGUGCCCCCUCCAGCGAAAGGCUGAGUAGUAGCCCGGAAGACACGCCCCUGAGAGGGGGAGGGGGCGGGGCACGGAUGCUGGGGAGCAGCUGGUACAGCAACCCCACAUUCUCCUUCCCUAGGUCAGUGAUGUCAUACAGCAGCAACCCCUCCCUCUCUUUCCACAGGGAAAAGGCUCGUCUGGCGACAGACUCAGAGCUGGACCAGGACCUCAGUGAGCUGCUGGGCCUGGGGAGCAGCGACACCCUCACCAAUGGUAACCGUGCCAACGGGGAGGCCGCUAAGCGCCUGGCCAAACGCCUCUUCACCCUGGACGGCUUCAGGAAGUCCGACGUGGCCCGCCACCUCAGCAAAAAGUGAGCACCUGGCAACUAGCCUUUGUGUGUUAUCAAUCACUCUCUUUACUAUGCGCUGCUAUACAUUGUCAAUGUAUAUAGCAUAUACUGCUAUGAUAAGCCUGGUUUGGAACUUAUCUUAAACCUCUGUCUUCUUCCGCGGCCCUAAGUUUUCGUCUCCAAGGCUCAAACCGACUGCGCUGUGUGACUGGGAAAGCUGGUAUCUGAUUAACAUGGUUUUUUUUCUCUCUCUCUCUCACUCACUCACUCACUCACUCACUCACUCACUCACUCACUCACUCACUCACUCAC